UUCCAUCCAACCAAAUCAGUUUUAACGAGACAGCGAACGAUUUGAGAAGUGUUGAUUAAAAAGUGCUCUUCCGUCGCCCCUUUUAAACUAAUAUAUAAAAAAAAAAUACAUAAAUUCUUACCAGCAAAAUACCAAUUUGCAUAAACAUCUCAUUUGAAAUUCUACAAAACACAAAAUUUCAAAUUAAAUUAAAACAAAAAACUUCCUGACUCUCUUGUCUUAAAAAAAAAAUACUAAAAAAAAAACAGUGUUAAAACUUGUUUUUUGUCUAUUGAAAAAUAAAGACAAAAAUAAAUAAAAAGGAGAAAACAACUCUCGUAGCCAUAUUGGAAUUAAAUAAAUAAAAAAAAAAAAACUAAUUAAAACACCAUUCUCCUCUCUCUCCUCUACACAAAACCCAUCAUCUUUCUGUCGUCACUCACGCCGUCAGUCGUUUCGUCGCAGUUUGCAAAAAAAAACAAAAAGAAACAAAAAAAAAUUGAAUUUAAUCCGAGUAGCAAAAUUCGCGUAAAUAGAUGUUACUCACACAGAUACAAACGUAUUCAGUUUCCCAGACGAUAGUCAUUCGGUAAACUGUUGCACAUAAAUUUCAUUCUAACCUAAAAAACAAGAACCUUUAUUAAAUAAACUAGUAAAAAAAAAAAAACUUCUGUCAAUUUGUUGAUAAUGUGGAACCAAAAUCAAAAUAGUGAUAACAACAACAAAAACAAGCAGCAGGAUGUUUCUGUUGUUGCAUCAGAAACAACUACUACAAACAACUUUGUUGAGAAGAAAAUUGUUGUAGAAACAUCAAAGGCAGGGCAACAGCAACAUUUGCAUUCUGCAUCUGGCAACGGGAAAACGGGUGUUGGUGGUAGUGAAAGUAAUAAUUUCGAUCAUUCUACCACCAGCAAGGACAAGGACAACUACACUUCUUCAACAAGUGAAGGAGCAAUUGAUUCUGGAUUUUUAUCUGGUCCACAAUUAUCUGAAGAUUUUGAAGAAGAAGAUUUUGGUAAUAGUCAUCGUGGUCAUUCUUCUUCUGGAGGAGGAAAUAAAUCAAUUAAUCAUCCACCAGUUCAAUUAAAUAUUGUACAUUCAAAACAAAAAAAAUCCACAGAAAAUUAUUUAGAUUCUGGUUGUAUUGACGAAGAUUUUGACGACGAAGACGUUGAAGUUGAAUUAGAACCAAAAGUUGGUGGAGGACAUUCACAUUCACGUCCAGCUAUAACAACAACAGCUGCUUCACCACAACAACGUGGUGGUAGUGGAACCCAACAGGACGACGACGAACAAAUGAUUUUGGAUAAAGGUGUUGACUCCGGUGUAUCGGAGUGGUUUUGUAAAUUAACUCUGAGAGAUCCAAAUCAACAAGUUAAUAAUUUGGGAACAACUCAAAGAGUAGCUGGAAGUGGAACAACAACAAAUAAUAGCAACAGUGAUAUGGCAUCAUGGGAAAUUUAUUAUCAACAAAAUAAUGAAGGCGAUACACAAUUGCACCUGGCUUGUAUAACUGGUUAUGUUGAUGUUGUUGCUGCUCUAAUUCGUAUGGCACCACAUCCAUGUCUAUUCAAUAUACAAAAUGAUGAAGCACAAACCAGCCUCCAUUUGGCUGUGAUUUAUGGACAACCUAAAAUUUUACGAAUGCUUUUAAUUGCAGGCGCUGAGCCCACAGCUCGAGAUCGUCAUGGCAAUACUCCUCUCCAUUUAGCCUGCAUUUCCGGUGAUACACAAUGUGUCAAAGCUCUCACAAUACCAAUCAGUGCAUCAGAAAUAAAUGAAGCCCAUCGUUCUUAUGGUCACCUGAGUAGUGACAAAACAACAUCUUACCUCGAUUGUGCACGUCUACCAGCUGAUUUGGAAAUUCGUAAUUAUGAUGGUGAAAGAUGCGUACAUUUGGCAGCACAAGGUGGUCAUAUUGAUAUCCUGAGACAUUUAGUUUGGUUUGGAGCUGAUAUUAAUGCUAGGGAAGGCAAAUCAGGACGUACAUCAUUACAUAUCGCCAUUGAAUGUUGCAAUGAGAUAUUAGCCAAUUUCCUACUCGAGGAAUGUUCAACAUUAAAUAUUGAAACAGCAACAUAUGCCGGUCUAACAGCUUACCAAGUGGCAUGUAUUCUUGACAAUCCAAUUAUGCAAAAUCAUUUAGAAAAGAAUGGCGCCCAGACACUUACACCUCCGGAUAGUGAUUAUGAUAGUAGCGACAUUGAAACAGAUUUAGAUGAUUCGCAGAUGUACAGUCGCUUUGGAGAUCCUCGUUAUUUUGCCAACUAUAAUGGAGGAGGAAAUCCAAUUAAUGUCGCAUAAUUAUUAUAUUUUUGAUUUCGUUACUCGAAACCAAUGCACUUUCCGAAAAUAGUGUAUUUUACAACACUCUCUCUCAAAACAAUAAUAAAAAAAAUAAAAUAAAUAAAUAAAUAAAUAAAAAGAAAGAAAAAAUUUCAAAAAUUUUAAUUCAACGAAUAUUAUAAUUUUAGAAACCAAUAAAUUGUUCGAUAAAUAUUAUUUUUAAAAUGUACCUAAUUUAAUAAGUAAUGAGAGCACAUCAGUAUUUAAACUAACAACAAUCCAGACAAUUUCUUUAAAGAAAAAUUUAUAAACAAAUAAAGAAAAAAAAUUAUACGCAAUUUCCAGUUUGAAUAUAUAUAAAAAAAAAAAUACUAAACAAACGCAAGUGCCUUAAAAUGUUUAAUAUAUUUUUUUCUCCUAACAAAUGUAAACAUUUUUUAUUUUAAAAUUUUCGAUUUACAAAAAAAAAAUAAAUAAACUCGCCUACAUAGGAAA